AUGUCAAAGCGCGUGACAAUCUUCGAUCCGCCAGCGCAGGAUCAUUCCAAGGCUCUGAUCGAGAAUGUACUCGAUCUGACGCCAGUGGUGGACCUCGGCCGAGAUGUCUUUACCAAUACUCGCCCGCUAUGGCAUCCCCCCGGAGCUCGAGGAAUUUACGGCGGAGCCGCGAUCGCGCAGUCCCUCUCAGCAGCCAUGCUGACCGUCCCCGCCGACUACGUUGUUCACAGCAUGCACUGCUACUUCGUGCUUGCCGGUGACUCCGAGAUCCCAAUUCUGUACCAUGUCGAGCGGGUACGUGAUGGGAGGAGCUUUGUGACCCGAACCGUGCAGGCGCGGCAACGGGGGCGGCCGAUCUUCACCACUACACUGAGCUUCAGCCUGGCCGGCAGUGGUGGGAAGAAGACGCUUGACCACGCCAUAUCGAUACCAGACAUCCCAUUGCCCGAAGAGGCUGAGCCGGGAAGUCUGAAGGCCCUCAGCAAUGCGGGUAGUGGUCCGAUUGAAUCGAGAAAGGCGGGCAUUUUGAACCGCACAUCUCCCAAUCAAGAAGAUAAGAAAGUCCGGCGAUACGUUCGCGCCCGCGGCGCAAUCUCCGAACAUGGCGGUUACCAAGCACACCUGUCGGCGCUAGCCUACAUUACCGACAGCUAUUUCAUCGGUACCAUCUCACUCGUCCACGAUAUCCCUCGAUUCUCUUCCCCGGCCGAACUCGAGAAACUUCUGAACGCACUGAAGAAUCCAUCCGAUCUGGAUGAUGAGGAUAUCACGCGAGCUCUAAAGGAGUUGAAAGAAGAGGAGGCAGCAGAAUUACAUCGCCGUCUAGAGGGGGCUUUCAAUAGGGCUACGACGGGCCAAAACGAGGCAGAUUAUAAAGAAAUUGGCAUGAUGGUUAGCCUGGACCAUUCAAUUUACUUCCACAAUCCCCGGGCCUUCCGUGCCGAUGAGUGGAUGCUGACGGAGACUGAGAGUCCGUGGGCUGGCGAAGGACGAGGCUUGGCAAUUCAGAAGAUUUGGUCUAAGGACGGGCUGCUCAUUGCUACCUGCAUUCAAGAGGGUGUGGUGCGGUUAAAGCAAGACAAGCCACUGUCGAAGAUUUAA